AUGAUUGCUAAUGGUUAGAAGUUGAUAAGCGUCAAGGACCAAGUUAAAAAUGAUUUUCUAAAGCUCAAUAAUGAUACUCUCAAUGGAGUGGCAAGUUAGACUUAGCUUAAUCAUUAAAGAAAGAUUAAGUAAGUAUCGAGCAGCACCAUUAGUUCUCAGAACUAGAUACUUAAAAUGCGUAAAAUUUUCAGAGAGACUUAGAAAAAGCACAAUUCAAACCAGAUAUCUACUAGAGAUAAUAUGACUGCAUUGGGGAUUAAAAAUAAAAUUAACGAUUCAAUAAUGGAUUAAUCAGUAUCUAAUGCAGGAAUGGGACCAAACGGCACAUAUCUAACAACAACAAGAGAUCCUAAGGAUGCUAAUCAAAUAAAAAAAUGGGUGAAUAAGGUGACUAAUAGACUUAUGCAGAAGACUAAGUCGACUACCUUCUUCAGAAAUCAAGUCCCAGUGAUUAAAAACAGCAAAAAUAACAUCACUGUAAAUCAUGAGAAUAAAACUCAAUUGCAACCUUAGUCUUCAAUGAAAAAUCUUCAUCCAAAUCCAAAGCAAAACAGCAAUAGCAUUAAAAAGAAGCCUAGACCUGCAGCACUCAACAAUAAGAUGAUAAAUGUGAUAAGCAACUAGAUCGAGGUGCCAAAGCCAUAAACUACCAGAUCUAGUCUAAAUAAAGAUAAAUUCAUAAUACAGGGACUAUCCAAGAUGAUAGGACUGAAAAGCUAUAAAAUGACAUUGAAAAGCAGUUAAAAGAAAAAUAAAAAAUCGACAGUAAUUCAAUCAGCUAGAGACGUUUAGAAAAUAAUACCGUAGUAAAAUGAUAUUAAGACAAUAAAGCAUUAGAACUCUUACAAGCGAGCAUUUUGGGAGAUAGGCUCAGAGUUUAUAACGAAGCAUUUGAAACUAAACUAAAGUGCUUAGAGUGAUGAGGAAAUGCUAAGAGACUUGCAGAAUUCUAGUCAUUUCGUCAUGAACUUAAAUGAUGAUGACGAAAAGUUACUUCACAAGGGUAGACUAUUUAGUUCUUAACUGGUGGAGGACAACGACUUGCUGCUAUAGGAAAAUGUGGUUCAUCACACUAAGAUCUAGAACUUUGCUGAGUACAUGGCUUAGCAUGGGUUCAGCGACAAGACUGUUCAGCAGGAUGAAUUUGACUUUCAAAGUAUUGAAGAUGAGGCUGAGAUCUAGGCAUUAAAAGAUGAAGCCAAGUUCUUAGACGAGAGGAGUAUUAUUAACAAAACCUACAAGAGCUAUCAAGCAAACAACUUUGAUAACCUCGAGAAGCAGAGUGACAGCAAUAGCAACUUGAUGUGUCCAGCCAACACAGCUAGCACAAAUGACAUUAAACUUAAUAUGAUUAUGAAACUCAAGAUCUGA